AUGGGGAUGGCAGGAACACGCACCGAUAACGAUGGUGACCUUGUCAUGGAUAUUGAAGCGCCUGGCACAAGCUUGCCACCUCAACAAUAUGCAACAACGGACGAGCGCGACAAAUCGCUAAACCUCGCGAUGGACGAUCACGCAACGCUUUCUAGCAUCGAAACGGAGCAUAUAAUAGCACGAAAACAUCUAGAAAGAACAAUACUAGAGGUUUUAUACCACGAUGGAUUCCGUUCAUCGACACCACAAGCUCUGGACAGCUUCACAGCCAUGGUAGAAGCAUACCUAGGAACCAUGAUACGAGAAAUAAAGGACCUAGCAAACACAUCCCGUCGAGAAUAUGCGAUUCCAUCAGACUUCGAAACUGUUCUACGGCGAUUCAACCUCCCCGUCUCCUCCCUGGCACCUCACCUCUUAGACCCGAGAUCGAACCCAAGCAAAAGACAUUACAGAGAAGGGCCCGGUGAAUCAGAAGCAACACUUGCGCAAUUCACAGGUACACCAUUACAUUUCCUUGGCAGGGAGCUGAGUGGCCGCGUGGAUAAAACGUCAAAGCACUAUAUUCCAUCCUCGUUCCCGGAUUUUCCAAGCCAGCAUACCUAUAAGUUUACAUCAGAAGACGACGGACGUGAGAGAAAUACGCAAAAGAUACGAGAAGAAGCUGCCGAAAAUGCACAACAAGGAGAGGAGGCUUUACGACGACUCGUCCGAGCAUCCAAGAUGCGCAAGCAGAAAGAGGUCAAGAUGCUGGCAGAAGGAGAUGACCAAGGAAGAGAAAGAUUUAGAUUAUGGCAAGCAGCCAUGAAAGGCGCAAUCAGCGAUAGGGUCAACCAAAAUGGCAACAAAGGUUCCGAAAUAUCUGACCACAGUAUGAUUGUCAAUGGCGACAGCAUUUUCGCCCGCAAAGACACAUCACGCCAUACCGACCGCCCGAGCCUUAUUCACAAUCCCAAAAAGUGA